AUGCCUGUGACCGUCCACAAGAUCCUCAUACAUGGCGCUAAGGUAACUGAAAUUGCUCCAUUGCCUAUCGGCCCAUGGCAAGAAGAGUCCCAAGAGGCGACUAACAAGAUUUUUAAAAGCAUAAGGGAAUUCAAUACCCGCCGUGGUCCCCUAUCUUUUGCUAUUCCUGUUGCACGCCAUCCCGACCAUUUUGUGGUGGGUUUUAGGAAUCAAAUUAUUUUAGUCCAAUGGAGUGGUAUGAUAAAUGAUCCAACUCCUAUGUUGAAGAGGUUCAACGACAUCAGAUUGGAGGAAAACGAAAGUAUUAAAUGUGGAACUGGCGACCCGUUCUCCGGACUAUGGCUUUGGACGGAAAAAAGGGGUGCACGUAUUACAGGAAAAAUGUAUUCUUUCCAUCCACUUUUGCCUAACAAUCAAUUUGUACCAUAUACGUUUCCGGAAAAUGGUUUGACCAAUGGAAUCGUUUGGCACAUUUACGAUGGUACCAAAUUCUAUUACAUCGACGCCAAGCAUCAGAGAAUCCUAUCGUUCUCUUAUGAUCAUCAACAAAGAACUCCUCCCACUAACCUUGGUAUGGUAUUUGACCUGCCAUCAUGGUAUCAAGCCAUAGGACAUCGUUUCUACAACGCCCAUGCUAUUAUAGGUCGUAUGACGAUUGAUACUAAAGGUCGGCUCUGGGUGCCUCUUCUUGGAGGCUCACAUGUUAUUCAAGUUAAUCCACGUAGUGGCGAAGUAAUGCAAACUGUUAAGAUACCUGCAAUCAGAGUCAGCGCAUGCGCUUUCGGUGGUUUGAAUAUGAAUAUUUUGUACGUAUCAACACUGGGAUAUGAUAUUGAUGAAGUACGUCCGACUGGUGAUAAGGGUGGUAAGAUUUUCGCUGUCUCUAACCUUCCUGAUGGCGUCAGAGGACAUGAUGCCAGGCCAUUUGUAGUACCUAGGGGAAUUCUGCGGUGA